GCCUCGCUAAUUGCUUUUAGGUUUUUUAACUGGGUUUAAGUGUGGCUUGCUGAGGGUGUGGGGUGUGUGUGUGGUGGUGGUGUCAGUCCCGGGGCGCUGGAGCCCCUUCAGCAGAGCUCAGGUUUGUUCUUAAAGCAGCCCAGCUUUUCUGCCCUGUAUUUUUUUUUUUUUUUUUGAUUAAGAAAAUGUUUUGGAAAAAUACAUGGAAAAUAGGGGAGGGUGUUAGCUUUGAGGAACUGUAAUGCAUGAUGUUGAUUUCGAUAUAACUACAGGUGAAGGUUACAUUUCUGGUGAAAUUUGUUCCCCAAUGGCAGCAAUCUAAUGUUUUCCCUAGGGAAAGCUGGUGAGGAAGUCCAGCAUGCCGUGUGUGUGUCUCAGCCCUCACCUAGAUUUUCACUUGUCUGUUUUGUAGUUAAUGUUACAAGAGGCAUCUUAUGUUUCUUUGCACAUUUAUUAUUAUUAUUAUAUUUUUCUUGUAAUUGUGUCUGGAAAGCUAUAAGCAUUAGCCUAUCUCAAGGGCAGGAGGAUAUACUAAUAACAAUGUGGAAGAAUCCUUCAGUGGCAAAUUUGGUAAUAUUUUACAUUUUCAUUUCUUAAGUGGUUUGUUUUAAAUUACGUUAAUGGGUUAUAGGGAAAAAAGCCAGAAUAUUCAUCUUGUAUAGGGUCAGCUAUAUGGAUGUGGGAAUUUGAGAUGUUUGUACAACCUUUUUUGGAGGCCUACAGUGUUGGACACAGAGCAAUUUCCCCACACAACUUAUUUGUAUGCUCAUUAAGAAAAACUUUGUAACUGUGAGGACAAAAACGUAUUUGAAUCCUCUCUGCUAUAAUUUGAAUCCGUUUCUAGUCACAACUAUAAAUAUCUUGGGGAACGGCUUAUUUCUGUUUUCUUUACAGCUGGCUCUUAGGUUUGGUUUUGUUUUGGGAUUAUUUUUUUUCUGUGCUUUUUAAUCAGGUCUCUCUAUUUUAACUUAAACAUUCCUAGCUAUUUUAAUCUUUUCCUAUAUAUUGUGCAUUUAAGCUCUGAUCAUUCUUGAUCCUCUUCUCUGGACUCAUUCCAAUUAGUUCAAAUACUUGACUCAAUCUGAAGGACAGUAUUCAAAACUGGACCGAGUACAGCAGCCGAAUUCUAAACAGUAGUGAGUAGUAUGGAAGAUUUAUGUGCUGUCAAAGCUUUACUUCUGUUUACGCAUCCUGCUAUGCAUGGCAUUCUUGCUGUUGGCAUAUUCAGCUUCCAUUCAAACUUAGACUCCAGGUCUUCAAUGGCCUACGUUACUUCUCGACUCUGUUUUUCUGCAUGACCUUGCAGCCAAGAUGAAAAGCCAUGUUAAUUUAAUAUUAAAUUGGACCUAUGCCACAAACUAAAUCCUUAUCACAUAGGGAAGUAUGUUUUCUGACUCUAAUUAGGACAAGCCUGUGUACUUCCAAGGCUGGCAGGAGACAAAAUUCCAAGCUUGUCUUUUGCUCUCUGAUCUUCUGCAGUAGCGUGUUUAUUCCUUAGAUGUGCAAGGCACAGAGCACCCUGAAAUAGAUGUGGAGAAGUCUGUCCUUAGUAAAUAGGAUUUGAAAAUAUAUUUGGGCCACACAGUAAUGCCUGUCUUAGCGCCUUUCUCCUUCUCCUGCAUCCCCUAAGUUCACCUCAUCUGAGCCUUUAGCCUUUCACAGGGCAAGAAGACUCCAGCAAGAAGCUCUGUUCUGCUUUUGACACCUUGUACUACAGAGCAUUUUCCUCAUUCACCAGAUAGACUCUUUACAAAAUUUAUAAGCUAAAUACAAAAUCCCUUGUGUAAUAUGCCACAGCUGUCUUUCACUUUAGAUUUUUUUUCUUUGCAUGUCACUAUACUGUUUGAGCACUUUCCUGAUGUGUAAAUUAGAUCUGUAUGACAGUAUGUUAACUAAAAUUCAUCAGUCUUUAUGGUUCUUUCUCAGGAGGUUUUCCAUCCCUGCUAAUGGAGGCUGCCUUGAGCUGUACGGAAACUUCCAGCGUAGCAGAGAAGCUUUUCUCAGCCUACCUGUCUCUAACUUCAUGGUAGCACAAACUAGAAAGCAUUCGGUGUCACACACUUACUCUCUCUAAACUCCCUGCCUUCACAUGAUGUGACAACAACUUGGAGGAAAAGGGGGUCUCCUAAGAGUGUUGUGUGUUCUUGCACCUUCAAAAGAAGACUGAAACUGAGUAGCUGUUAAAAUUCUACGCAAAAAGAGAAUAGGAAAGGAAAAGUUGACUUUAUCAACUGCUUGAUAAGGCCUAUCCUGAAUGAUUUCAGUAAGAUUAAGGGACCUGUGGGAUUUAAGAAUAUCUCUCCUGAGAAAACUUGCUGCUUCUACAGCCUUCCAUCUUAGUGAGCAAUUGAUGAUUUCACUUGAAAUACCUAUCUGAAGAAAUUAACAGUAGGCGAGGUGUAAUUGCUUUUUAAAAAUGUUAAAAGUUCAGCAGUGUGUAACAGCUGACAGGAUACCCAAGAAAAAGCCAUAUAUUUGUGACAUUUGCUAUAAACAGUUUGAAACUCCAUCAAAAUUAGCUAGGCAUUAUCUGAUACAUACUGGUCAAAAGCCAUUUGAAUGUCACGUGUGCCAUAAAACAUUUAGGCAGCUAGUCCACCUGGAGAGGCAUCAGUUAACCCAUAACCUGCCUUUUAAGUGUAUUGUUUGUCAUAGGAACUUCAAAAACUUAAUCACUUUUUUAAAGCACCAGCAGCUUCAUAAUGAAAAUUAUCAGAAUGAUACCAAGCAAGCAGAAAACUCUGUGACUUUUGAGCAAGACAGGGUCACUUCUGGCAUAUUUCGAUGUUCUAUGUGCUGUAAAUCUUUUACAACUGAAGAGAGGUGGAUGCUGCAUCAGUGCCUGAAGGCAGAUCAUCUACAUGGUGCCAGAAGGAGAAAGAAAACUCAUGCUUGUGAAUCGUGUAACAAGACAUUUCCAUCAAGAUCUAAGCUAGAAAGACACUUCCUUAUUCACACUGGCCAGAAACCUUUUAAGUGUUCUUCAUGUGGUAAAUCUUUCAGACAGUCAACACACUUGAAAAUCCAUCAGCUCACGCACACCGAAGAAAGGCCUUUUCAGUGCUGCUUUUGUCAGAAGGGAUUUAAAAUACAGAGCAAACUCAUAAAGCACAAACAGCUCCAUGCCAGAAAUAAGACUUUCCCCAAUAUUUUAUACAAAACAAAGACUCUUAAAUAUCCCAGGCCACAGAACCUGUUGGAAGGAAAGAGGGAUAGCUUUGAGAAUGCUGACACUUAUGAGUCACAGGAGAAUGACCCACAUGAUGUUCACUCGAUUUAUAUCGUACCCUUUCAGUGCCCAGCAUGUGAACAGUGUUUUGAAACGGAGCAGGUUCUAAAUUUGCACAAAUGUUGUUAUCUGAGAAAUGGCAAAAGCUCAAAUAAUGGUACAACAGCAUGCAGCCACAGAGUCAGCAUGAAAAAUAAGAUCCUUACGAAGCUGAAGCGUACUGGAAGAAAGGCAACAGAUUUUUCUCGGACUGACAGAAAAAAAAUAAAAUCGGGUCACUUUAAAAGUCCUGACCUGGUUGCAGCUAGAGAUCAGCGUUCUGAUCAGUAUGCUACCACUAAACCUUUCAAGGAUUGCCGUAGCAAGCUUGACAUGCACAAGGCACUUAGUAAUCGGAUGAAAAGAACAUUUGCUGUGCCACUACCUAGGCAAGAGCACCCGCAACCUCAUGACUUUGGAAUUAAUUUAAAAGGUAUGCUUACUGGUGAAAGCAUGUUAAACAUCGAUGAUUCACUGCAUAAUAAAGGUGACGCUUUUUAUGGUUCAUCAGAUGAUGGCUGCUUUGAUAAUCCAGAAGUACUUCACUGUGCUUUUUCAGCUUCUGCUAAAAAUAUACAUAACAGACACAAAGUGUGUAAAUGUGACAGAUGUGAAAAAAUCUUUCCAUCUUCAUCCAAACUUCAAAGACAUUAUCUUAUACACACGGGACAGAAGCCCUUUGGCUGUAAUGUUUGUGGGAAGACAUUUAGACAGUCAGCUCACUUAAAAAGACAUCAGCUCACCCAUACUGAAAAGAGACCCUAUAAAAGCCCCGUUUGCCAGGUAGAAUUUGAAAACCUGAACAAACUUUUCAAUCAUCAGGGAGAUCACAUUGAAUUUAAGUCUUCUGAGCCUGUGGGUUAUUCUCAAACACCUUCACGGGCAUCUGGCUUUCAAGAAUUUGAGUCGAUUCAGUCAAACCAAGCAGCUGAAAUCAAAGUUGAAAUUGAGUCAGGGGACUUUGUUCUUGACACCAGCAGUAGAAACACACAGCCGUAUUUGUGUAGUAAAUUGUUGGAAACGGAGCAAAGCUGUUACAGCUACUGGCAUGACUUUUCUGAAGGUACUGAAAAAAGUGAAGUUGUUAACAAAUUGUAUCAGUGCAGUAUCUGCUUAAAAACUUUUAAAUCGCCUUCUAAGCUUGAAAGACAUUACCUGAUGCAUGCCGGACAGAAGCCGUUUGAAUGUUUAGUUUGUGGUAAAAAUUUCAGACAGGCCCCACAUUUGAAAAGACAUCACCUUAUUCACUUUAAAGAGAGCUUAAAGCUGAGUUCCACUGAGCAACAACCAGAGAAUAUAUUGUUUUUAUCAAAACUGGAUAAUGUCCUAUGAAAUUGUAUAUUCAAGUUUUUGGUUGCAUAAUUAUUAAAAGGCUUAUGUGAGACCUGACAACAGACUGAAGGGGAUUAUUUUUUCCUGUUGUGGAGAUGACCUGGUGAAGAAUUAAUUUACUCUCUUCAGAACUGUCUACUUGAUAUAACUUGUGAUGAAUGUGAGAUGUUUAAAACAAAAAAAACCCACCAUGCAACAAAAAAGCCACUUUGCAUUUCUUUUCCUAUCUUAAUUUAUAAAUACACUUUCUUACUGUAUCAAUAGCAUUGCAGCAAUCUGCAGUACUCCGUGAAUCAGAUGUUUUAAGUUAUGCCUUUUCCCAUAUAGUACUUUAGGACACUAUUGCUGUCCAAUGAUAACCAUCCAAAAAGUAAAGAUAAAAAGGUAAUUUUCAGAAUACAGAAAAAACAGUCCUUUUACUUUUUUCUGGGUCUGUAUAUGUUGCAAGAAAAGGACACUUGCUGUAUUUAUUUCAUACUUUUUUUAAAAAAUAACACUUAUUUUUAGAUAAAAGAUGUAAAAAAGAAAGUAGAAAAAGGGGAAAAAGAAGUUUAAUGAGGAAACAAUGUUGAUGUGGCGUUAUAGAACAGUUAAUAGAAAACUUUUUAACUGCUUUGUAACGUGCUUGGAGAUCUAUGGAUGAGGAAUUAGACCUUUUCCCUUUUUAUGAUAAAGUAUAAAUAGACAAUGCUAAAAGAGCAGGGUUUAUAAUCAAUUAAUCCAUUUCACCACUUAAUUAUCUCCACUUCUUUGUAUAUCCCUUGCCUUUUCUAGCCUUUUUGGCCAAUUCAUACAAUACUGAGCUAUUUUUCUGCAAGAAAAGAGGAUAAGAAAUUAUCAUUAAUAUGGUUACUAUGGGCUUACUAUCUCUUCCAGUCUCCUUCUAGCAUACAUAUUGCACCAGUAAAAGAAAUGUUCUCUAAGAUGUGAUAAUAACUCAGACGAGCAGUUUUGUCGGGAAGUCAUGUUCUUGUGACAUUAAAUAUAAGAGACUGAAAAUGACUUUUAGCUCAAAUUAAAUAAUUCUUAUUUUGUAUUAAUAGAAUCCAUAGUCAUACUUUCUGGUAAGUAGAGAGCUUUGCCCAUUGUGCCUGUGGGGCUGGCAAAAAGUGUUAAGUGAAGUGGAGAUUUAUUCAUUAUGAACAAGAAUGAAGUUUGUUUCUUUUUUUUUCUCUGAAAAAACUACCUUUUAGGAUAUUUUCCUUUGUUAUGAAACUUCUGAAUAGUUGAAACCUGAAGUUUUGAAUCCUAUUUCUGAAUUAACAUACCUGUAAGAUAUGUGGCAUUCUUUUUACUAUUUAAAUAGAUCCAUAUUUAUUUAAGUAAAAUGGUUUUUGGUUCUGGUUUGUUUUUUUUUUUUUUUGAAGUGAUUUAUCUAGGUCUUGCUGUGGCAUAAGCUUUGUAGUAUUUGGUAUAAAUGAAGUGAAGGGCAAAGGGAGUUUUUAUUAUAUUUUCAUAAAUGUCAUUCUUUCCCAUUUUCAGAGAGAAUAAAACCAGGAAAGAUACUCAGAAACAGUCUGUAGUUACUGUGAUUUUUGUAUGACAGAUGAAUGCAGUGUGGUAAUAAUGACUAUAGUUAUAUAUAUUGAGAUUUUUUUUCUCCCUAUGUGAAUUGUUUCAUAUUGAAAGACAGAAUACUGUAUAAAAUGUUUUGAAAGUGUAUUGUAGAGCUCUUUUAAAAUACUUGUAAUAAACUAUUUUAUUUAUAUUGUA